ACAUGGAGGGUGUCGGCUUCACCGUGUAGUGCAGACGUCCUCGCUGCCAAAACCUCCGGUAGACGGAUGACUGAGAUGGUGAGGAGCCAAGAUCCAGUGUGAGGAGGAGCCCGGUGACCUCCGGAGGCGAGAAGUUCACCGACUCCUGCUUCAUGUGUACAAGCUGAACGAUCGCUGCUUCUUCUUCCUCUUCAUUCAGGUCCUCGGGUCCAGGGGUCGUCAACUAGAUCAGGACUACCCUGAAGGCAGGACUUCAGGCCGACAGAGUAGACGAGCCGGCGCUCUGAUGCUGCAGAUGCAGACUCUCAAACUGCUCAAACAUCAGGGCAAGUGCUGAAUUUGUGUCCUACCCCGCUGAACCGGUUGGGUGGAGGCUGACAAGCGGAAACACACUGAGCACGGCUGAUCAGAAAAGUGAAUUCGUUGAUCCAAAAUGAGCAGCUCAAAAAAGAAGCCACAGCCUACGAUUGAAAAAUGGACGAAGGAAGAGGUCCACCGGUGGCUGAUGACAGAGGUCAAAGUUCAUGGCGCUUGUGCGGACAGAUUCAUUGAAGAGGAAGUGCUGGGGGAAUAUUUAGUUCACUUCAAAAAGAAAGAUAUAUUGGACUUGGGAAUCAAACACGGUCCAGCCGUCAAAAUCACAUCUUACCUGGAGAGUCUGAAAGACGGCUCACGACACGAGCCAAAGUUCCCGGCAUACGUGCAGAACUGGACUAAGGAGCAGGUGACCCAGUGGCUACUGCAGUAUGUGAAGAUAUAUGGCAAAUAUGCAGAACGGCUCCAAGAGGAAGAUGUGUCGGGGGAUUGCCUCGUUUGCUUCAAGAAGCAGGAUUUUCUGGAUUUGGAUGUGAAAAGCGGUCCUGCUGUUAAGAUUCUGGCAGAACUCCACCAGCUGAACGAGAAACUAGAGCUGACACUGGAUCCCACCCUCCACCCCAGCCCGGACAAAAAGGAAGCUCCAAAACCCACUCAUCCUGAACUGAGUCUGGCUCAGGCCAAAGCGACCGAACAAACAAAACCACACAGCGAAACACAAUCAAAAGCAGAUGAAGUGGUGAGAAAUGAAUCUGAAAACGCUCCGCUGCCGUCGGGGAAGGCCUCAGAGAGGAAGGAAAUCCAGCAGCCAAAGCCACAGAGCCUGGGGGUCAAGAGGAAGAAAAACGUUGUGACCACAGUCCUACCAAACAAAUCCAAGAUCAGUGUGGAGAUCCAGAGAACCCUAGAAGACCUUGUAAAAGACGACCUGAAAAUGUUUCAUUUCUACCUACAAGAGUCUUUUCCUCGGGGUAAACUGGAGGGCAAGGACACCGUGGACACCACGAAGUUGAUGACUGACCGCUACGGAAACGAGGGGGCGUUACAGCUGACGAUAGACAUCCUGAAACACAUCAAUCAGCGCGAUCUUGCUGGUCAGCUGGAAAAGAGCACGGGUCAAUUGAAGUGUCUUUCAAAAGAAGUUCUGAAGAAAGAAGCAAACCAGGGGGAAAAACUAAAGAAUUUGUUAACUUGUGGUGGAAACUCACUUGACAACUACGAUAGAUUUGUUGUUGUUGUAAACAAGAGCAGCCGAGACCAAGUGCAGUAUCUCCAGUUUCUGAGUAAGUUGAAACUCUUCUCUGUGUUAGACUUUGACCCCAACUCUGCUGUUCCAGGUGGACUGUGUCAUUCCUAUAGAGAGUCGAGGAUGGCCAAUCUGCAUACCCCGUCACAGUAUCAAGGACAGACAGACGCAGUAAUAAAGAACCUUAACCUCUAUAAACAGACCAGCUGGGUUUUCUGUAAUGGCAGACAUGACCUUGACAGCAACUCAAACAUGGAGUUAGACUAUAAGAACUGGCUGAGGAAAUCUUGCAGAGAUGUAGAACAGUUGGUUUCAUUCAUUUGCAACCCUGAAGUUCUUCUCCACGGCAGGAGUCUCAUCAUUUUCCUUCUGCUUUCACCUGUGGACACAGAGAAAGAUCCAAUCUUUGACACUUACAAGUCUUUCAUAAAACACACUGAGGAGGAAAGCAUCAUCACUAUUUGUGAAUCUCGGAGCACAUAUGAGAAGUGGAAGGAGCUGAUACAAGAAAAGUGUGAAUUUGACAUCGACCAUCUAUCCGUAAAUGAACUAACCCUAAGUGAGGUCAAUGGUACUAUAAUGGCACUGGGGCCAUUGAAUCAGUCAUCUGGACGACUGCUCCCCUCUUCUGGUUCCAGCGUUGUUGUCCUGAAACAGAAGGAUGAAGAUUUCAUGACUGCUCUGGAUAUUUUGUGUGUGAAUCAGUGUGAAAACACGUAUGAUGAAUACAGCCAAGAGUUUAAAGAAUUCAGAAUCAAAGUCGAGGAGGAAUUCUACAGAGGAGGCAAGGUCAAAUGGUGGAACUUCUACUUCUGUGACAAAGACAAACAGAAGUCAUUUGUCAAGCGGGACAAGCAUGAAAAUGUGAAGAAGAUGAUCCGAUCUCAGUUGAGAGAUUUAAACAACAUGUGUGUUCUGCUCAAUCUCUUCCACCAUCCGGGGUGUGGUGGUACCACCUUGGCUAUGCAUGUGAUGUGGGAUCUGCGCCAAGAGUUCAGAUGUGCUGUGCUGAAAGACAAUGCUCUGCCAAAGAAAGAAGUUGCCAUUCAAGUCAGAAGGCUCAUGAAUCUCGAGAGUGAGAAACCAUCUCCAGUUCUGCUUUUGGUUGAUGAUUCAAAAGAAACCGAGAAUUCUCACGAUCUUGUGAACUGGAUACGUAAAGCUGCAGUAGAGGAUAGCUUGAACGUAAAUCUGGACGAUACACAAAACUGCAAGGUCAUCAUCCUCAGCUGUGUUCGGUCCCAUAGCCCAAAGGAGCAAUACAGACAGCACAAUCCGACGCAAAGUCAAUACAUAACGGCUUCACUGACACAAGAAGAACAGAGGGAGUUUGAAAAGAAACUGAAAGAGCUCAGAGAAACUCACGAAAAACCCGAAAACUUUUACAGCUUCAUGAUCAUGAAGAGCAAUUUCGACAAAAAAUACAUAGAUGACCUUGCCCGUUACACACUGGAGAACUUUGAUUUCAGCACAAAGGAGGCCCAACUGUUUGCCUCUCUAGCCUUACUUAACACCUACGUGGCAGAGUCUGAGAUCUCGCUCUCCCUCUCUGAGGAUUUUUUUGGGAUGAAAAUGAUUCGUUGGCAAGAGGACAGCGUGUUGGACAGAUUGAAGCCAUAUUCAAACUUUCUCAUCAUAGACACAGUCGAAGAAUGGGGAGGAUACAAAGGAAUCCGAAUCCUUCAUCACUCCAUAGCAUCUGCAUGUCUGGAAGAGCUGGAGAGGAGUUGCUACUUAAAAGUAAGCGAUAUCGCCAUGGGGAUUCUUCACUGUGAUCUGUUCUUCAGUGUUGGAGUUGUCAAACACAGACUGAUGCUCUCGAUUCAACGAAUGUUGAUCGAAAGGCAGCGCAGGAAAGAUGGAGAUGAGAGAGAACCAUUUUCUCCUUUCAUAGACAAAAUCCACAGCCAGCAAGGGAGACAGACUGUCCAAGAAAUCUUUGUGAAAGCGUCAUCCAGGUUUGUGACUAGCGCGUCUAUUCCUCAGGCGCUGGCGAGAUAUUUGUACAUCAAUGAGCGUGACUUCCCAGAGGCUCUGAAGUGGGCCGAGAAGGCCAAGAACAUUAAACAAAACCCAUAUACAUUUGACACGAUCGGGCAAGUCCACAAAAGCAAUUUAAAGUCUAACAUCCACAGAGAAAAGCAGGAGACGUCACUCAAUGCAGAAGACUUGAACGCAGACGUUAAAAUAGCAGAUCAUGCUAUCAGAGCAUUUAAAAGGGCGCAGGAGCUGGCAAAUACAGAGGAUGAACCUGAGGAGGAAGCAGCUGAUGAUGAGUCGGAGGACUAUCCCAGAAAGUCAUAUAAUGUUUAUGGCUAUGUCGGUGUGCUGGAAAUUGCUUUCCUGGUCUUUGAGAUAUUGGGCAGAUUGCCAUUCUUUGAGGAGAGUGAUCCAAUAAAGAAGAAGUACCUGCAGAGCUUUCUGCAGAAAGUGAUCCCGAUCACCAGCGUGUACAAGAAGGACAAUGAGCUCAACAACAGAUAUGUGGAGAUCAUCAAAGAACACGAGCACUUUCUCCUCAAUUUGAAAACUGAAGUAAAAGAAACAUUUGAACUUCUGGACUGUUACUUCACGUAUAUAAAAGGGAACAAUUCAGAAUUUGAUUCAAAGAAUCGUUGGACCGUCUGCGGACACUUCAAAAAGUACGUAACUCUUUUUUGCAAUGCACCAGAGGAAAUAAAAAAAGAACGACAAAACAAUCCUAACCUCAAUUUGAAAAUUGAUGUCGAGGAACGAAGAUUGUUUCUUGAAGAGAAACAAGCCGAUACCUUUGCUGGUAUUCUUCAGCAUCUGGACAAACCUGCCAAAGAAAUUGAGAAGAUCACAGAAUGCUAUGCGUUCUUGCAACACCAACAACAAUUUGUCAACAAAAAGCAAAAGACAAAGGAAACAAUCAAUUACAUUUUGUCAAACAUAGUUCUUUACCUUCUGAAACCAAAAUCGAAACAUGUAAAGAGUUACACCUUUCUCUAUGGUCUACUGUUGAAAACUCUGCAAGAUGUAGGACUUGGGUAUCCUUUCCCAGACCCAUACUACCUGGCUCUCCUGUUGCUCUGGCCAAGUCCUACUCAGGAAAACACAGAAAUUGGUACAUAUGUGAAAACAAUUCGAAACUCAUCUCGCAAGCGCCUGACUUUACUGUUUCGAAACAGGAGCACUGUUGCCCACCUCUACUUGGGGAAAGACGAGGGACUCAAUAGGCUUGUUUCUAAACCCCAAUUAGAUGAGAAUUUUAAAGACAUGCGCCGGGAUGCCUUGGCACAACUUUGGCGGAACGGAGAUAUAUUUAAAGACAAAGCAAUUAUCAACCGUCUUCAUCGAGUCAGUGGAACCAUUGAGCAAGGAGAGGUGUUUGCCAAUUAUGGAAAACUGAAAAUCCCUGUGCGCCCGGCUCUUAUUGCUGGUAUAAGAAGUGGUUUCAGCACUGAAAAGGUUUCUUUCUACCUUGGUUUUGCUAUCAAUGGACCACUUGCUUAUGAUAUCCAGUAUGAAAACUAGGGUAGUUACUUGCAGAAAAAAGUACGACACAGACACUAAGACAUGAACUGAACAGCAUGGACGAGAAGUGUACCCAGUGACUCACUGGACACACAGCAAGACCAAAUAAAAAUCAAUUACUUAUUGCAGGGAUAAAAUCCAAUCCAAUCCUGGCUGUGUAUGUAUGUAUUUUUCUAUUCUUUUUAUAUAAUUUCAUCUUAUUUUAUAAUUUAUCAUUUAUACAAUUUUUGUCACUUUUUUCUCAGAGGUUUUGGUUGUUUGGUUUUUAUUGUUCUGUCUCAGACAGACAACGUUGCAGUGCCAUUAACACCAGGGACAAUGAAAAGCUCUCAAAUAUCAUAACGCUAAAUAAACUGUUGCUCAUUUUCUUGAAGACAGAGAGAUCGAGAACCGCCGAUCUAGUACUCGGUAAUUUUGUGUUUUCUGUUUGACCGUAAAACAUGACUUGGUCAUUUUGUAUUGUUUAGUUAACAGGGGAAUGGUGAAUUACAUUAAUUGUGGCAGAUAUAGUUAAAACAUGACUGAAUGAAAAGUAAGACAGAUUGCAGGGCUAAAUGCUAAUCCUGUAGCACUAGCUGUAUAUACAUGUGUGUUUUUAUAUUAUUUGGGUCAUUUCAUCUUUUGAUUUUUGUUUUUAUUUUUUUGUUUUUUUUUUCACAUUUCUUGUAGUUUUUUUGUUGGUUUGUUUUUACAGCUGUCUUUUGCAGAUGUAGCACUGAAAUGUUCACCAAGCAGUCUUCUAUUAAUUUAUCUGUAAGUGGAAAUAUUACAGUAGUUUACAGUGAAAAUAAAGAGUUUUUCUUUUUCUUGAAGACGAGGAGAUCAAGGAGCUCUGGCGCUCCCAGAUGCACAAUGCAUUUACUGCACCAGAUAAGCAGUAGCUAAAAGCUGAUUUUCAUCUGUAGUCGCAGGGAUGAGGCCACCAGCGAUGCACAGGUCGACAGAGUACAGGGUAACUGUCACUUGUGCUGGAUUUAGCCAAUCCAAUUCCAAGCACUUAAUGAACAAGAGUAAAUGUGACCAAAAUGGAACGAGUAACUCCUGUUUUUGUGUAAGAAGUUAUUGAUUGAGCAAGCAGAUAAGGUUAUCGAUAAAGAUGUUACAGUAGCAAAUGUUUGAUAUAAAUGUUUCAUAUGUAAUGGUAAAAUCUGGAAUAAAAGCUCAUAUCUUUUGUAUUUUAGUUAUUGUUGUUAUUCAUUGUCGUUAGUAGGACCGGUUACAGUUGGAAUCUUGACUGGCUUAGUGUGUCAAGUGCGUGAUAAGGCUUUAAAAAAAAAAUCAUUAAAUUGUCUCAAUGAAUUAUCGGUUUUUAUUUAUGAAUUCUUUGUUUGAACGUAGAGACUCUAUCCUUUUUCCGUUUUCUCAGAGCU